AUGUCAUCACCAAUCACUCAAGUCCACAACCCAUCGGAUAAUUACUCAAAGUCCAAAAACAGCAAUGGGAAAUCAAAGAGGAAGAAGCUGUUCAAGACACUGUUCUGUUGUUUCAGCGAACAGAACAACAACACCAACCACAAUAACAAUAGAGUGACAACUUCCAAGCAGGAGCUGACGAAUGUACAAUCAUCCGACACAUUGAUGAAGCCAAUGGCACCAAAUCACGUAGGAAAGAAGACACUGGUGCUCGAUCUAGACGAGACGCUGGUGCACUCUAGCUUCAAGCCAGUGGCCAACGCCGACUUUAUCGUGCCGGUCGAGAUCGAGGGCCAGAUGCACCAGGUCUACGUCCUGAAGCGUCCUGCCGUCGACCACUUCCUGCAGGCCAUCUCGCAGAAGUUUGAGAUCGUCGUCUUUACAGCCAGUCUGGCCAAGUACGCCGACCCCGUGCUCGACCUGCUGGACCCCAACCGCGUCGUCCACUACAGACUGUUCCGCGAGGCUUGCAACCACCACAAGGGCAACUUUGUCAAGGAUCUGUCGCGUCUGGGCCGCGACCUCAAGUCCACCAUCAUCAUUGACAACUCGCCCACCUCCUACCUAUUCCAUCCAGAAAACGCCAUCCCCAUCGAAAGCUGGUUCGACAGCGACUCUGACCGCCAACUGAUGGAGGUGCUGCCCCUGUUAGAUAGUUUAACAAAGGUCGACGAUGUCCGAACAUGUUUAGAUCAGAAUAAGAAUUGGAACGCUGGUGCAAGGUCACGAUAA